GAUUUUGACAGCAGACAUAACCACAAAAACAAGACCGUUUUCAGGUCCCAUGCGAAAUUUAACAAAAAAUCUCUACGUAGUGAAAAUAAAAUAAAAAAUUUUGUGUAUUCAGAAUAACGAAAAUAAUACAAUUUUAUUGUAUGAGCAAUCUGCCUCAUUCAUUACAAUCAAAGAAGACAAAAAAUGCGUUUAGGAGCAAUACUUUACGUUUACAAAGGUGAAUGGGGUCUUCCUUCAAUUGACUUUGAAUGUCUUAGGGCGCUGUGCCUUAUCAAAUUCACGAGAUGUCCAGUAAAAAUCGAAACAAACAGCAACCCACUUAGAUCAGGCAGUGGCAAAUUGCCCUAUUUACAAAUCGGAAACCAAAAAAUUGUUGGAUACCGGCAAAUUAAAGAAUUGCUUGAUAAAGAGGGCUACCCAGUCGAUGCAAAUUUAACACCAAAACAAAAGUUUCUAUCAGUUGCACACACUAAUUAUGUGUUCAAUAAUUUGCAUGCAUAUUUUAAUUAUUUUAUGUUUGGCGAAGCAAAUAAUAUUGAUUGUACACGAGCUUUAUACGCUAAAAGGACACCGUUCCCGUUUAAUUUCUAUUACCCAGGGAAAUAUCAUAAAGAAGCCCACAACAUUGUAAGCAUUUUAGGAGGAUUCGAUUUAAAUGACAAAGUUGAUGUCCAUGAAACCGAUUAUCUGGUUGCUAAUGCCAAAAAAUGCGUGAAUAUGCUCGCCAAAAAACUAGGAAAAAAAGUCUGGUUCUUUGGUGACUUUUACAGUGAGUUUGAUGCUAUUGUCUACGCAUACCUAUCGGUUUUAUAUAGUAUUUCACUGCCAAAUAACCCGCUCCAAUAUCACAUUAAAAGCUGCCAGAAUUUAGUGAAUUUCAUCAAUCGAAUAUCGAAAGAUGUUUUCAAACAGGAAACAUUUAAUUCCGUGAAAACUGCAAAAGGAAUCACAAAUGAUCCUAUGCUGACACCAACAGAACGUGAUUUCUUAGAAUCAGAAAAAAAGACAAAAAUUAUUGCUGCUACAGUGGCUGUCGUUGCAAUGGGAACAUUUGCAGCGUGGAAAGGUUUUUACCAAAGUAUCGUCCAAUCAAAUAAUUAUUAUGAUGGCUAUGAUUACGGUGAUGAUGAUGAUGAUGACACCGAGGGUGAAUGAAUAUGGAUACGACUCCAAUAUGUCUUUGAAACUUCCUCAUACAAUCGAUGCUACCUUCUUCACUUUCAGUCAAUGAAACUCAAAAGAUUAUUAAAUUCCCCAAGUAUUUUAAAAUUCAAAAAAGCCUGCGUAUAUCUAUGAUUGUGAUGAAUAUUUAGUGUGAAAUGAAAAAUCAUUUUCAAUAAUAUUUAUUCACAUUCAUGAACAUACAAGAUACUAAACCUUAUAUGUAGAAAUUUAAAAUAAAACACAAAACACUAAUAA